GUUGCACAGGGUCAGCUGGACAUGGAGGGUGCCCUGAUUGCCAGGGACAGGGUUGGGAUCCAGGAUUUUGUCCUUCUGGAUGAAACCACAGAGGGGGCCGUCCUCAGCAACCUCAAGAAACGUUUCAGCAAAGAUCUCAUCUAUACCUACGUUGGCACGUUGAUUGUGUCCGUCAAUCCCUACAAAGAACUGGACAUCUACAAUAAGAAACAGAUGGAGCUCUACAUGGGUGUCAACUUCUUUGAGCUUCCACCACACAUCUAUGCCUUGGCAGACACUGCCUAUCAAACCAUGCUGACAGAGUACAACAAUCACUUCAUCCUCAUCUCUGGUGAGAGUGGAGCAGGGAAGACGGAGGCCUCCAAGAAGAUCCUGCAGUAUUAUGCUGUCACUUGUCCGAGCACCGCACUACUAAACACCGUCAGGGACAAAAUGCUCAUGUCCAACCCUAUCCUCGAGGCUUUCGGAAAUGCCAAAACACUGAAAAAUGACAACUCAAGUCGCUUUGGGAAGUAUAUGGACAUUCAGUUUGACAGCCAGGGGGAUGCUGUCGGAGGCCAUAUCCUGAAUUACCUGCUGGAGAAGUCGAGGGUGGUGCAUCAGAAUCACGGGGAGAGAAACUUCCACAUCUUCUACCAGCUAGUGGAGGGAGGAGAGGACAAACUACUGUGCGAGCUGGGCCUGGAGAGAGACUCCCAGCAUUACUACUAUCUAACCCAAGGAGAGUGUGCCAUUGUGUCUUCCAUUAAUGACAGAAAUGACUGGAAAACAGUCAAAAAUGCCCUGCAGAUCAUCAACAUUGAUGAGCUCAACACUAAUCACUUGUUUGGGAUUGUUGCAAGCGUUCUCCACUUGGGGAAUAUUCAGUUUGACUCUGACAGUAAAGGACAAGCCCUUCUGAACGGCGAUACAGAGUUGAGCUGGGUCUCAAAUUUACUUGGAAUAGAUGCUCACGGUCUCAGAGAGGGACUGACUUACAGGAAGAUUGAAGCCAGACAAGAUCAGGUCCUCAGCCCGUUCACGACUGAUCAUGCCAUGUAUGCCAGAGACGCCCUGGCCAAAGCCAUCUAUGGGCAAACCUUCACCUGGCUGGUCAAUAGGAUCAACGAGUCCAUGGAGAACAAGGACUCUACAAAAAAGACUGUGAUAGGGCUUUUGGACAUAUAUGGAUUUGAAGUAUUCUAUGUAAACAGCUUUGAGCAGUUCUGUAUAAACUACUGCAACGAAAAGCUGCAACAGCUUUUCAUCCAACUGACACUGAAGGCCGAGCAGGACGAAUAUGAAGCAGAGAAUAUUGAGUGGGAGCCGGUGCAAUUCUUCAACAACAAGAUCAUCUGUGACCUUGUCGAGGAGAAACACAGAGGAAUCAUAUCGUUACUGGAUGAGGAGUGUCUGAGGCCAGGAGAUGCCACAGAUCUCACCUUCCUGGAGAGACUGGAAGAAAAGAUGGGAAAUCACCCUCACUUUGUCACGCACAGACUGGCUGACAAAAUGACACGUAAGACUCUGGAGAGGGGAGAUUUUCGCCUCUUGCAUUAUGCCGGGGAGGUCACCUACUGUGUUGUGGGUUUCCUGGACAAAAACAAUGAUCUAUUAUAUAGAAACAUAAAGGAUCUGGUUUGUCAGUCUAAAAAUGCCAUAGUCAGAGAGUGCUUCUCCACAAUGGAUCCAGUCAGCAGGCGAAGACCAGAAACAGUGGCGACCCAGUUUAAGAGCAGCCUGCUGAAGCUGACAGAGAUCCUCAUGGCUAAAGAGGCCUGGUACAUACGCUGUCUGAAGUCAAAUGAGUCCAAGCAGCCAGGUCAAUUUGAUGAAGCACUGAUCAGGCACCAGGUGAAGUACCUGGGCCUGAUGGAGCACCUCAGAGUCAGACGAGCUGGCUUUGCAUACAGACGCAAAUAUGAUGUCUUUUUAAAGAGAUAUAAACCCUUGUGCCCAGCCACCUGGCCUCACUGGAGAGGAAUGCCUGCUGAUGGAGUGGAAGUGCUGGUUCAACAUCUGGGCUACCUGCCAUAUGAGUACAAAAUGGGACGCACCAAAAUAUUCAUCCGUCAUCCAAGGACACUUUACGCCACAGAGGAUGCUUAUGAGAAAUGUAAACACCAACUGGCAACGAGGCUCCAGGCCAAAUACAAAGGGUACAGAGCAAAAGGAGAAUUCAGAAAACAGAAAGAAGCUGCCACUAAGAUUGAAACUUGUUGGAGGGGAGUGCAGGCCAGGAAGGAGAGAGAGAAGAGAGCCUGGGCUGUAAAAGUCAUCAAGAAAUUCAUCAAAGGCUACAUGACCAGAGGGCAAGCAAAAUGCACUGAUAACUCAGAGUACCUGGCCUUUGUGAGACAAAACUACUUGAACAGGCUUAAAAACAAUCUGCCAAAGAACGUUUUGGACAAAACGUCAUGGCAGACUCCACCAGCUGUUCUCACAGAGACAUCCGAGAUGCUGCGUAAGAUUUGCUACCGUCUCAUGGUGCGGAAGUAUGUGAGAGGAAUCACACCCCAGAGAAAAGCACAGCUUCAGUUGAAGUUUAUUACCAGCUCCAUCUUCAAGGGCAAGAAGGACAAUUAUCCUCAGAGUGUCGCUCAACCUUUUGUGGACACCAGAAUCAGUGAACAAGACAUAAACAUCAGGGUUAUCCAGAUGAUUCGCAACGAGCACAUUAAGUACAGCGUCCCGGUAAUUAAAUACGAUAGGAAAGGUUUCAAACCAAGGCCGAGACAGCUCAUCCUCACCCAGACGGCUGCUUAUCUGAUAGAGGAAGCCAAGAUCAAACAGAGAGUACUGUAUACCUCCCUCAAAGGUAUUUCAGUCAGUAACUUGUCUGAUGGCAUUAUUGUAUUCCACAUAACGUGUGAGGAUCCUAAACAGAAGGGGGACCUUGUAAUGCAGUGCGACCACUUUUAUGAGUUUUUGACCAAACUCUGUGUCAUUGCGAACAAACAGAACGCAGUCAAAGUGGUUCAGGGCAGCAUCAAGAUAGAAAUCCAGGCAGGUAAAGAGAGUGCGGUGGACUUCACCACCGGACAGGAACCGAUGGUGUACAAGGCCAAGAACGGACACCUCAUGGUGGUUGCCACUCGAACGAGGACGCGGUAACGCACGGGGUUGAGAAGACGCACAAGAAGCCCCUGCAUAUUUCAUCAGGAGACCCCUAAGGGGAGAUCAACAUGUCUCUAGGAAACACACCAGAAAGAAACAUCACUGCACGAGCUUGUUUGAUUGUACAACAGCACACAUUUCAUCUACAUAUACUAGUCAAUAAGCUUUACUUUUCCAUCACAGAAUAUCAUAACUCAUACGAUUAAAGUUUUAAAACAACUGUAUUUAGCAGAACCUCGCAUUCGAUUGUCAAACAUUUAAAUCUACAAAGCACUCAACAUUACUCGUAAACUGCUUCAGAGAAUACGUAAUUCUGAUUUCUGAAAAUGAAGCCAUAUGUAUCAUAAUUGUGUAUGUUCGUGGAUAAUGGGAAUAAGCAGAUUAAAAAAACAGAACAAAAGAAAUGUUUGUAGAAAUUUAUUUGUGAUAAAGUAUGUAUAAAUAUAAAACAUACAUAUAUGUUCACUUUCAUACAACAGACCUACAAGUACUGUGAUUGUUAGACAUAUUUCAACUCGAACCCAUUGUGUGCAAACAGUACAUUCUCUGAUGAAUGUGCUGAUGAAGGACAGGUCUAAUUUCUCUCCCUGUUAAAAGCUUGUAGACAGGAUUCCCUUCCUGCCAGGGAGAUCUCUGGUUACAGUCAUUCACUUCAACCUCAGCGGCCAUCAUUCAAUCACCCGAGUACAUUUAACACCUCAGGUCACAGCUCAAGUUCCCUCCACUGAAAAGACCGACCAUUUAGUGGAGUGAAGGGAUAAUGCAUAAAUGUUAAAAACUAAAUAUGACAGAUGCACUACAGUACAGUGAAAUGUUGCAUCCACCUUUGAUAUCUUAACUGUAUCAAAAUUAAUAAAACUUUAAAAAGGUUUAUUUGCUAUUAUCUGCAGGCUAUAAAAUAGCCUUGGUAACAUCGUCUAAAGAGUAAAACAGUGCCACCAUGUGGCUCUUUUGUGUACGACACCUAGUUAAUCCACUGGUGACCUUACAGUGGACCCGUCAAAACCAUGAUAAGGAAAAGCAAAAAAUUAUGUACAUUAAUUUUUAGCUGCUAGGAUGAUAUAAUUCUUGUUCUUCUGGAUUUAAUGUAGUUAGGACCUUAAAUGACAAGAUUUAUACCAAUAAUACUAUAUUCUCACCUACACACACCCACAAACACACACACACACACACACACACUCUCAGGUAAAACUGUGGUCACUUCCAGUGCUGAAUGCAAACACCUUUGGGCUUCUGCAUGCUAGCAGAAAACAGUGAUUGAAGUUGUUGUAACUAGCAAACAAACAAGAGAACGAAACACUACAGCCUGUCAAGACGCACGCAACAAAAACAAGUGGACA